AUGGAACAUGCCUUCUCCACUUCACAGUUGGAGAAACUGAGGCCCAGAGGAGGCCAGUGCUCUGCAGAGCCCAGUGGCACUGGCUGCCAGCAGCUCUCCCCAGUGGCACACCGAGAUUGGCUGUAUCCCCCUCUGGGCCUUUACUUCUCAAGGGAUGCUUACUGGGAGAAGUUGUACGUGGACCAGCCGGCCGGCACGCCCCUGCUGUAUGUGCAUGCCCUGCGGGACGCCCCCGAGGAGGUGCCCAGCUUCCGCCUAGGCCUGUACCUGUACGGCGCCUACCGCACACGGCUGCACGAGAACUACUGGAUCCGCGUCCAGGAGGACACUGGCCUUCUCUACCUCAACCAGAGCCUGGACCACAGCUCCUGGGAGACGCUCAGCAUCCACAACGGCGGCUUCCCCCUGCUCACGGUCUACCUCCAGGUCUUCCUGUUGCCCAUGUCCCUGCGUGAGGGCGAGUGCCAGUGGCCAGGCUGUGCCCGUGUGUACUUCUCCUUCAUCAAUGCCUCCUUCCCGGCUUGCAGCUCCCUGAAACCCCGGGAGCUCUGCUUCCCAGAGACAGGCCUCUCCUUUCGCAUUCGGGAGAACCGGCCCCCAGGCACCUUCCACCAGUUCCGCCUGCUGCCCGUGCAGUUCCUCUGCCCCAACAUCAGCGUGACCUACAGGCUCCUGGAAGGUGAGAGCCUGCCCUUCCGCUGCGCCCCGGACAGCCUGGAGGUGAGCACGCGCCGGGCGCUGGACCGCGAGCGGCGCGAGAGGUACGAGCUGGUGGCCCAGUGCACCGUGCGCGCCGGCGCGCGCGAGGAGGCGGUGAUGGUGCCCUUCCCGGUGACCGUGUACGACGAGGACGACUCGCCGCCCACCUGCCCCGGGGGCGUGGACACCGCCAGCGCCGAGGUGGAGUUCAAGCGGAAGGAGGGCACCGUGGUGGCUACACUGCGUGUCUUUGACGCAGAUGUAGUGCCGGCGUCUGGGGAGCUGGUGAGGCGGUACACAAGCACGCUGCUCCCCGGGGACACCUGGGCCCAGCAGACCUUCCGCGUGGAGCACUGGCCCAACGAGACCCUGGCCCAGGCCAAUGGCAGCUUGGUGCGGGCAACCGUGCACGACUACAGGCUAGUUCUCAACCGAAGCCUCCCCAUCUCCGAGAGCCGGGUCCUGCAGCUGGCUGUGCUGGUCAACGACUCGGACUUUCAGGGCCCUGGGCCGGGCGUCCUCCUCCUCCACUUCAAUGUGUCCGUGCUGCCCGUCAGCCUGCGCCUGCCCAGCGCCUAUGCCUUCUCCGUGAGCAGGAGGGCCCGCCGUUUUGCCCAGAUCGGGAGAGUCUGUGUAGAAAACUGCCAGGAGCUCAGCGGUGUUCACAUCCAGUACAGGCUGCAGCCCGCCAGCGCCAACUGCAGUGCCCUGGGCGUGGUCACCUCAGCCGAGGACACCUCGGGGACCCUGUUCGUGAACGACACAGAGACCCUGCGGCGCCCGGCAUGUGCGGAGCUCCAGUACACAGUGGUGGCCGCCGACCGGCAGACCCGCAGGCAGGCCCAGGCCCCGCUGCUCGUCAGGAUGGAGGGGUCGUAUGUGGCCGAAGAGGCGGGCUGCCCCCUGUCCUGUGCGGUCAGCAAGAGGCGACCCGAGUGCGAGGAGUGUGGCGGCCUGGGAUCGCCGACAGGCAGGUGUGAGUGGAGGCAGGGAGAUGGCAAAGGGAUCACCAGGAACUUCUCCACCUGCUCCCCCAGCACCAAGACCUGCCCCGAUGGCCACUGCGACGCCGUGGAGAGCCGUGACGCCCACAUCUGCCCCCAGGAUUGCCUCCGGGGCAGCAUCGUUGGGGGGCAUGAGCCAGGGGAGCGCCGGGGCAUUAAAGCCGGCUACGGCAUCUGCAGCUGCUUCCCCGAGGAGAAGAAAUGUUUCUGCGAGCCCGAAGACAGCCCGGAGCCCCUGUGCGAUGAGCUGUGCCGCACCGUGAUCGCAGCAGCCGUCCUCUUCUCCUUCAUCGUGUCGGUGCUGCUGUCCACCUUCUGCAUCCACCGCUGCCACAGGAACGCACACAAGCCGCCCGUCCCCUCGGCAGAGAUGACCUUCCGCCGGCCUGCCCAGGCCUUCCCUGUCAGCUACUCCUCGUCCAGUGCCCGCCGGCCCUCGCUUGACUCCAUGGAGAACCAAGUCUCUGUGGACGCCUUCAAGAUCCCGGAGGAUCCAAAGUGGGAAUUCCCUCGGAAGAACUUGGUUCUUGGAAAAACUCUGGGAGAAGGCGAAUUUGGAAAAGUGGUCAAGGCAACAGCCUUCCGCCUGAAAGGCAGAGCAGGGUACACCACAGUGGCUGUGAAGAUGCUGAAAGAGAAUGCCUCCCCGAGUGAGCUGCGGGACCUGCUGUCAGAAUUCAACCUCUUGAAGCAGGUCAACCACCCUCACGUCAUCAAGCUGUAUGGGGCCUGCAGCCAGGAUGGGCCGCUGCUCCUCAUCGUGGAGUACGCCAAGUACGGCUCCCUGCGGGGUUUCCUGCGCGAGAGCCGCAAGGUGGGGCCCGGCUACGUGGGCAGCGGAGGCAGCCGCAACUCCAGCUCCCUGGACCACCCGGACGAGCGCGCCCUGACCAUGGGCGACCUCAUCUCGUUCGCCUGGCAGAUCUCGCGGGGAAUGCAGUACCUGGCCGAGAUGAAGCUCGUCCAUCGGGACUUGGCUGCCAGAAACAUCCUGGUAGCCGAGGGGAGGAAGAUGAAGAUUUCGGAUUUUGGGCUGUCGCGAGAUGUGUACGAAGAGGAUUCCUACGUGAAGAGGAGCAAGGGUCGGAUUCCAGUCAAAUGGAUGGCAAUCGAGUCCCUUUUUGAUCAUAUCUACACCACCCAAAGUGAUGUGUGGUCCUUUGGAGUCCUGCUGUGGGAGAUCGUGACCCUGGGGGGCAACCCCUACCCUGGGAUUCCUCCCGAGCGGCUCUUCAACCUUCUGAAGACUGGCCACCGGAUGGAGAGGCCCGACAACUGCAGCGAGGAGAUGUACCGCUUGAUGCUGCAGUGCUGGAAGCAGGAAGCGGACAAGAGACCAGUAUUUGCCGACAUCAGCAAAGAGCUGGAGAAGAUGAUGGUUAAGAGCAGAGACUACUUGGACCUUGCUGCGUCCACCCCGUCCGACUCCCUGCUUUACGACGACGGCCUGUCGGAAGAGGAGACGCCCCUGGUGGACUGUAAUAGCGCUCCCCUCCCUCGAGCCCUCCCUUCCACAUGGAUUGAAAACAAACUCUAUGGUAGAAUUUCCCAUGCAUUUACUAGAUUCUAGCACCAUUGUUCCCCUGCUCUAUCCUUAGUCUUGGUGAUGCUUUUUAAGGUGUUUCUGAUCUGAACGAAACCAAAGUCUGCUCUGAACCUUUUUAUUUGUAAAUGUCUGACUUCGCAUCCAGUUUACAUUCAGGCAUUUUUGCAACUGUUUUUCUAAAAGGAUGUGAAAAUAAGUGUAAUUACCACACCGCCCAGCGAUUUAUGAUGAUAGAGGAGAAAACACCUAGGGCAGAACUUUCAGGGGAGAUGGAGAACUUGACGAAUGAGUCAUUUCCAGGAUAGAAAUCAAGUCUCAGUACUUCUAAUUUAACUACUUGGAUAAAUUUACCCAAUCUGGGGAGGUAUUUAAUUGAGAAAGAAGCAGCCAGCACCCACCGGCCCACACUGGGAGCACAGCCAGGCCCCCCAUCCUGGGUGGGCGGGGGCCUCGGAGGCUGCCCAGGGCUGGGAGUGGAGGUUGGCCCAGCUUUGGCCCUUGUCCCAGCUGCGUGUCCACCGGCAGGGGCAGGGAGGCGGCAGGAGCCGGGCAGGCCUGGGAGGACACACCCAGACUGCUGUUUUCACAUCCUUUGCAUUACCCGCUGUCAGGACUGUUGUCACUUACAAAGUGCUAAAAGCUGGAGCGAGUGCUUUUUGAAAGAACGUAGUCUGUGGUGUUGUGGUCUUGCACUGGACAGUAAAUAUGGUUCUUGCCAAAACUCCUUCUUUUGUCUUCGAUUAAAUACUUGAAAUUUU